UUGAGAGACUGCGGUGUGUUAAAAACUUCUCCAGCCUCAUGUAGAGCAGAAAACACAACUACAAAAACCAGCGAAAACCCGGCAGAAUGUCAGCACUUCAGCGAUGGAUGUAGUUUUAUCGAUCUGUCUGUGCUUUCUCCUCAGAGCACUGUCAGCAUCAUCUGCUGAUGGACCGCCUGAGCCGCGAGACGUCCACAUCUACUCGGAGAGUUUGAGGAACGUGGUGAAGUGGACGGCAGGAGACGGAUCUCCCAGCGACACCGUCUACACUGUGGAGUACGCCAUUUACGGGGAUGCGGAUGAGAAGAUAGCUGAGCAGGUGAGAUGGAGGCCGGUGGAUCAGUGCGUCUCCGUCUCUCAGACUGAAUGCGACGUGUCUCAGGAGACGUUUGACCUGCGGGAUGAGUACUUCGCAAGAGUCCGUGCUGCCAGCAAACACGGGCAGUCCGUCUGGAGCGAGAGCGUCAGCAGAUUCAGACCGCUGUCAGACACGAUUCUGGGAGCGCCGCUGGUGGAUGUGACCGUGCGGCAAAACCACAUGGAUAUCACUCUGAAGGGCCCGUUCAGGUGGAGGACGAAGAGGAUGACGAAGGAGAAGUCGCUCUGGAGGAUCAUCCCAAACAUGAUCUAUAAGGUGUCUGUCUUCAACAGCAGGAGCAAUCGCACAGAUGUCUUCCGGCUGACCAAUGGGAGCUUAAGUCUGGGCGAGCUGGAGUUUUCCACGCAGUUCUGUGUGGUCGCUCAAGCCCAAUCGGAGUCUCUCCCACUGUCCUACAUACCCAGUGAAAAGCAGUGCGUCCACACACCCAAAGACCCGUUCAGAGAUCAGCUGCUGGCUGCCAUGCUGGGCGGUGUGCUGCCGUCUGCCCUCUGUCUGUGUGUGAUGGCUGUGCUCGGGGCUCUCAUCCGCUGCUACAUCACUGACCACAGACAGAAACUGCCCAAGAGCACACAGCUGGUUCAAAUGAGUGAAAAGCUUCAAACGUUCAAACCCGAGGUUCCUCAGACAAUCAUCUUCAACAUCAAGCUGGAUGAAUCCACAGCGCUGCGUCCUGCUCUGCCCCUGCCGUUCUCUAUUGAAGACUCUUCAGAGGAGCCUGUGAAUGCAGUCCCGCAGCCGGCUGGAUCUUACGCUCAGCAGCAGCCUCUGCCCCCGGCCGGACCCGCUUCUCUUUCAGGAGAUCUGCAGGACGGAGAUUCCCUGAGUCUGUACUCUGAGCCUCUAGCAGACCGUCACAGCGAGGCUGGAGAUUACGGUUUCGUCAUCCCGGCUGAGUUUGACCACAGUCAAGUCGAGGUCAGCCAUUACAGGACACAAGGCCACACGGCAGACCCGCAGGACCACCAUAUUGAAGAGGAGGCGCAGAUAUUUGUGGACUGGAGCCCAGAGUCGAGAGAACUGAAAAUCCCUCUGAUGGGUUUGCUGGGUCUGGAGGACGAGUCGGGGGUCCACACUGAAGCGGUUUCACUCCUGCCCAACCUGAUCCUGACGCAGACCUCGGUGGACAGCGGCGAACAGGAGGACGAUUUCAGCAUGAUGGAGCGAAACUGGGGCCUCGUAAUCCACUCCAGCCCUGAAUGAACACUGUAAUGCCAGUGAAGCCGUGUCCACACGUACACCGGCGUUUAGGAAGAGCUUGAACAAUCUCUGUCCACAUGAAAACCUAAAGACGCACUGUGCUGCAUGUUAAGAGCAUGCCGAACCAAUAGGGGGCGAUAGAAGCCUUUUAUGUUGGGUGCAAACCAAAUGCGGAAGUAUUUUAGAGAGUAAAAAGCAGACAAGGGAUGCAGCGAUUAUAGAUUUUGUUUGUGCGAUUGUAGUCCGAGCAAUAAUCACGGUUUCACGAUUAUUCUGCAUUUAUUCAUUUCACAACACGACUAGUUUAGUAUAUUAACCAAUCCAUUCAUGUUGAGUUCCAGUGCACCAAUCAGAAGAGGUUGAAGGCGGGGCAAGCAUUGCGGGCUUUGGUUUACUGUAGAAAGUUGACAUGACAACCGUUUUAAACUAUUCCCGAGCGCUGCGUCUUGCUUUCAGAUGCAAAGAUGAUUCUGCAUGUCUCCUAAAUCCGCUAAUGCAGUGAAAACCAGUCGCAUGGCAACAAUUCUCACACAAAUGCUCCUAAAUAUAUUUUGAGCUCGCAUAGAUGAAAUUUCAGGCGCCUAUUUCGAGCCCUGAUAAGUGAACGGCUUAGUGAACAUACUUAAUCCAGUGUGCGUGUGUGUAUUCGCAUCGCUGUACAAGCUUGGAAGGUUAAACUAGCCCACAGUCGGCGUAACUUUGUUUAGUUGCAGCAGUUUUGUUCCACGCAGAAACACAGUGUUGAGAAGCCUUCACGAUUAAUUAGCCGUUACGAAUUAAAGCGCGGUUAAUAGUGAAACCGGUUAAUCGUUGCAUCCCUAUUGCAUACAAGUCAAUGCAAAUGUGAGAGCAGAGGCAGAUUACCGUCCUGCGGGGCGAACGAUGCGAUACAUUUGCUGCGAAUGUGUGAAAUCUGCCUCAUCUUCAACGUUUGGUUUGAGCCCAGCUGUGUUGGCCAAUCAGAAAUGAGGAAACGGCGAACACGCUGACAUCAUGAGGAGAAACCUCCAGCUGUAGUGUCCAUUACUCCCCAGUGUUUCAGGAAAUCUGCACCCUGGCCAGAUGUUUCAGAAAGUUUCAGUUACAGUGACCCGAUACUCUAAUUUAGUGUAGGUCAAACAGUGAAAAAGUGCGCUUUUGAAAACACCCGUUCAGGUGGACAGGCCUGAGAGGAUGUAGAUCCCUAAGGGUAAUUGGUAACCGAUUAAUCAAAGGGGGUUGUUUCACUCAAAACUGACAAUUGUGUUAUUAAUUACUACCCUCAUGUCUUUCCAAUUCUCCACAAAUGAAGAUAUUUUAGAUGAAAUCGGAGAGCUCCCUCAUCCUCCUCCAGGAAAGGAACCAAAAACAUUGGUGGAACUGUAAUCACAUGGAGCUUCAAGGACACGUGACUAAAAUGACUUUGCUCACCUUUGCCUUGUGUGUUUACUAUGGGCAGCACAAUGCAUUGCCAUUAGAGUCAUCAGCGCAACACACAAGUGCUGUUUUGCGUCCACCAUGACAGCUUAGAUCUUGAGUACACUCAUAAAUUGACUUUUGCUGCUUGUUCAAACAAUUCUCAAGGGUUUUUUUGGGAGGACAACUUAAUUGUUUUAUGUUCAAUCCACUUAUAUUUGUAAAAACUCUUUUAAGUUAACUUAAUCGAUAUGUGUUAGAACAAUAUGAAGGAAUUGAGUGGAAGCCAGCAUUAUUUACAGUGUAUGAGUAAAUGAGGAGUCAAUUCAAAUGUUGGGGUGAACUGCCCCUUUAAAACAAACUUUACAAUGUUUGUUUUGCCAGCGCACAUUGCUAAUCUUUCGGUGAACAUUGAAUAAUCUCGUGAAAACAUGAUGAUUUAGCUUGUUUUAAGGAAAAACUCACAUAAUUGUGACAUUUUUAAAAACAAGAUGAUGUUUUACUGUAAAUGCUUGGUGAUUUUUGGAUAUGCCAAAUGAUAUUUGGACUAGAAACAAGACUAAAACUAGCUAAGAAAAGCUUUUUGUUUAUUAUUUAUAAUUAAAUUUUUUUAUUAUUAUUAUUUAAUUUAAGAUGCUUUUUGUACUCAGAUUUUUUGUCUCGUUUCUAGUCCAAAUAUCUAAAAAUUCUUAAAUCAAGAAGCAUUUUCUAGACAAGCAAAACGUAUUGGGUUGUUUAGGGAAAUAAUAUGCCAAAAUGAAGUGAGUUUUACCUUAGAGGGCACCUAUUUUCAAGCUGUUUGGACAGACAUAUGUGCAUGUAUGGUGUAUAGACUGUCAUAUUGGGGUGAUAUAAACACACCCAGUGCUUUUUUUUUUCAAUUUAACAUCAUAAAAACGGUGGACCAAUUGGAGCGGUUUUCAAACCGACCGCAACUUUACAUGGGAGAGCGGUCCCCCCGCCCACCAAUAUUGAUUGACAGGUGCGUGUAUUAACAUGUCCCGCUAGUCACGUGUAUAAUCAUAUAAUCAAGAGAGGACGAGCGCAAAGCAGCUGGGAAUAAAAGGUGUGUUCAGUUCGCUAGGAUCAUCAAUCAUCAUCAAACCUGAUCAAGAGUGAGUUUCACAUGUUUAAAGUGUUUUAAACUAUUAUAAAGGAAGACGCUUCAGUCCCGGUUUGUGGACGUUAAAUCAGGUUUAUUUUGUACAUUAAUAUAAGAGAUUUCCAUACAGCAGUGGAGAUUAACCUGUAUCCUGUCACAUAAAAAUCUUGCAAUCAUGCAAAGCUUAACGCGCUGUCUCUCUCUCUCUCUCUCUCUCUCUCUCUCUGUGUGUGUGUGUCUUUGUGUCUGAGCUGUGUGUGUGUGUGUGUGUGUGUGUGUGUGUGUGUGUGCGCUAUGUGUUUGUGUCCUUGCUGUGUGUGUGCGUGAACUUUGUAAUGACAUUGUGUGUCACUCAUCUCCACAAAAACUGCAUCAAAUACUGAUUGUUAAAGUUCUUACUGUAGUAUUUCUCACACACGUUAUGUGAGAUCUGCUUCCUGAGGCAGCCGAGGGCGACGAUUGCUAACAGGCACGUGGGAACGGUGGGCGGUGAGGACUAGCCUUAAAGGGCCAGUACAAAAAAAACAGCAACAACUUAUUUCCAGCUAUAAUAGAGACACUUCAGACAGCUCUAAUCAAUAAUCUGAUGAGUGUUUUGAGCUGAAACUUGACAGAGACAUUCUGGGGACACAAAAGACUUCUAUUAAAUAUGAAAAAUGGGGUAACCUAUGUGCCCUUUAAAACAAGCAAACUAAUCUGCUAAUAGCGUAAGCAAAGUAAUAUUAUGCCAGAAGGAAAGAGCAGAUUCUUUUGCUCACCUCAUUGGCAGAUCUAUUUGCUUGUUUUAAGGAAAAACUCACUUAUAAUUGGCAGAUUAUUCCUGAAAACAGAUAUGAUUUGCUUGCCUAGAAAAUGCUUCUUGAUUUAAGAAAUUUUAGAUAUGUGAAACAAGACUAAAACGAAGUAAGCAGUGUGAGGAAGUCACCUUUGCUGUGUGUGAAUGAGGCGAUAUAAUGAAGGAUUGUGAUAAAUAAUGAAGGAUCCUUUCUGCUUAAGCUGACUGUGAAUACGAGACUCCACAAGCAAAGCUCAAACCUUUAGCUUCUGUAUUAUAUAUCAUUUACUGAAAUAACUAAGACAUCCAAAACCUGAAGCGUCCAAACCUGCUGUGAAAUGAAGCUCAGCUCUGUUGGCUUUUAGUUCUGGAAGUGUGUUUUGACAGCAGUAGUCGCUGUUUCAGCAGAGGGGAUACAAUAUUUGCUUAUUGAUCACGUCUAUUUUGCACAAAGAAUACUGAAAUAUCAGUGAUGGUCAAACACUUGCUGCUUGCUUAGAGCCAGAUUUCUGUGACUGUCAGUGAUUUUUCUAUUGGAAAUACUUCUUUACCCAUUAGAAACACAAGACAGCGUAACACUACUGAACAAAGCUCAGGUUUUAACCACUGAUGAAGUUUAAAAUGGUGUGUGUGUGUGUGUGUGUGUGUGUGUGUGUGUGUGUGUUCAACAUUUUGAGCCUUGGCAGGAGUUAUUUUUAUAUUGAAGUAUGAAUAUAUGUGGUUGUAAACUAGAGUGAAUUAUGUGGAUGUUUCUUUAUAAACUGUGAGAGAUCUGCCUUAAUGAUUGUGAACUCUUUCAGCUGCAGGUUUACUUCUCUUGGAUUGUCACUCUAAUAAUCACUACAGUUCUGUCAUUUCUCCGACAAAACAAUAAAUCUGUGAACUUCUGA